AUGACAAUGGUUGAGGGUAUGACUUCCAUAGAUUUGGGCUCAAGUCCCAUGCAAGAAACCACCGACGACAUUGCUAAUGCCAUGCAAACUGAACCUGUGGAAACAGCAGAAGAAAGAAACGUUUUGUGUAAAGCCAAGGAACUUAAUUUGCGAACAAUUGCAUUGUGUAACAUUGUUACCAGCCAACAAAGUUUCCCAGCAGAUUUAGCGGCUCACAUUGCAUUACGCACAAUACGUCGUUAUCUGGAAAAAUUUACAACUCAGAUUGUGAUAUUAUGUGUAGGUUCGAAUGAACGCGGUAUAUAUGAAGUUUUGGCACCUUUAUACUUUCCACGAGAUCAUUUAGAGGAACGUAGCGCAUUGUGGCAAUUGCCGAAGGAUAUUGGCGGAGAAUUCGGUGAACCACAACAUCCUGAUCGACAAAUACGUAUCAUACGAAACCCACAACACCGAGUAUUAAUGCGUCAUACUGACGACGAUUCCGAUACCAGUCCACACGAUAUGGAAGGUAAUAGCUCUGAUUUGGAAUACGGCCUCGAUAACCUAAACGGAUUACAACAAAAUCGAAGAAAUCAAACUUAUUCCCAAAUGCAGAGUGACUUGGAUCGACAACAUCUUUUGGGUGAUAGACCACGAAAUGGCGUUUUUGAGAACGUUGUUGCUGACGGUAUUGAAGGCCUUGAACACCAAGAGCGGUAUGUAAUUUUAAACCAUAAUUUAAAUAGAUUAUAUUUCAUUUAA